AUGCGACGGCUCAAUAAGUUUCACGCCGUGUGCGCCUUGGCCGUCUGUAGUAUCUUCCUAUCCGCCUGGUUUCUCAUCUCCCAUGGAUACUAUCGCCGAGUCGGCCCGGCGAACGAGCCAGCGUCCGAUUUCCACACCGCAGCCACCGCCUUUGAUAACCGUUUAGUGGUAUUUGGUGAUUCAUGGAGCGACAACAAUGCCGGCAAGCUCCAGGGGUCCGUAUGGACGGACACUCUGUGUUCACUGUUCUCCUGCCACCAAGAGAACCUAGCGCAGACCGCGCGAUCGCUGCGAGGCAACUAUAUCGGCUCGGUGGUGGACAACUCCGAGCUGACAGGGACUCUAUUGAACAUCUACAAGUCGCCACUAGCGGACUUUAAGGCGCAGGUGCGCCAGUGGGCCGCGGCGGAGCACGAAGCGGUGCAGCUGCUUGGGGGCAACGAGGCGGCGAUUCAGCAUCGGCAGAACCGCACGAUCCUGGCGGUCUCGUUCGGGGUGUGGGACGUAUGGAACCUACUGGAUAAGGGCUACGAAGUCGCCAGCCAAACAGUGGACCGCAGCGUGGGCGUCAUCAUGGACCAGCUCAGCGUGCUGUCUCAGACGCUGGAGUCAAACGACCUCAAGGUGAUCCUCACGCUGACGCCCGAUGUGACUUUCCUCCCCGGCUUCCGUCCUGUUGCGACGCAGCACGUCAACCGUCACAAGGACGCGGUGAAAAUCACGGAGUACUGGAACCGCCAACUGCGCGGAGCGGCUGAAAAAUGGGACCAGGGCACGAUUUAUCUGUUCGACACCAGCGCCUUCCUGGCUGACCUUAUCCGCGACUGGCAGCUCUUCGCCGCCGGCAUCGAGGAGCCAAACGGUCUGGGUAAGAACGUGGAGCCUGGGUGGGAAAACGUCGACGACGCAUGCGUCGAGAGUAGCCAGCAGCUAGUCAUGACAUCAACACAGAGGAUGUGUGACAAUCCGGAGAAGUACCUGUUCUGGAACGAGAUGCAUAUGGGUCCAUCGGCGCAUCGGCUGAUGGGGACAGAGGUGUUCCAUGGGAUUGAAGAGAAGUGGCUCCGCUGA